CCAUGGGCAGCCCCGGGGCGUGCUGCGGGGCCCUCCGCGGCUUCCUCUUCGAGUACGACACCCCGCGGAUCGUCUCCAUCAAGAGCCGCAAAGUGGGGCUCAUGAACCGGCUGGUCCAGCUGGCUAUUUUGGCCUACAUCAUCGGUUGGGUCUUUGUGUGGAAAAAAGGUUACCAAGAAACCGACUCGGUGGUGAGCUCGGUCACCACUAAGGUGAAAGGCGUCACCAUGACCAACACCUCUGACUUGGGUCCCCGGGUUUGGGAUGCGGCUGAUUACGUGAUUCCACCUCAGGCUGAGAAUUCGGUUUUCAUCAUGACAAAUAUGAUCAUCACGCUGAAUCAGACCCAAGGGCUUUGUCCAGAGUUCCCAGAUAAGACCACCACGUGCAAGUCAGAGGCAGACUGCAAAAAAGGCUACGUCAGCACCCACAGCAACGGUAUUCAGACCGGAAAGUGCAGAGUGUACAACCUUACAGAUCCCUCCAUCAAGACUUGCGAGGUCUUUGCUUGGUGUCCGGUAGAGAAUGAUGACAACUUACCCAAGCCAGCUUUCCUGCGGGAUGCUGAGGAGUUUACCCUUCUCGUGAAGAACAACAUCUGGUACCCAAAGUUCAACUUUACAAAGAGAAACAUUCUUCCUACCAUCAAUCACACCUACCUCAAGGACUGCAAAUACAACGCCAAGACUGACCCUUUUUGCCCAAUUUUUCGCCUCGGGGACAUAGUUGAAGCUGCUGGCCAGAACUUCCAAGAGAUGGCCAUUGAGGGUGGCGUGAUGGGACUGCAGAUCCGAUGGGACUGCAACUUAGAUUACCCAGCUUCUCGUUGCGUGCCAAAGUAUUCCUUUCGGCGAAUUGACAACAAGGAUUCUGCUCAUUCCGUUUCCCCAGGAUACAACUUCAGGUUUGCCAAAUACUACCGGACAUCUCCCAACAACGAGUACCGGACCCUCACCAAGGCCUAUGGCAUACGUUUCGACAUUAUGGUAUUUGGCGAGGCUGGAAAGUUUGAUAUCAUCCCCACCAUGAUCAAUAUUGGAUCUGGCUUGGCCCUGUUCGGCGUGACCACGGUCCUCUGCGAUAUCAUCGUCCUGUAUUUUAUGAAGAAAAGAUACUACUACAGAGAAAAGAAAUAUAAAUAUGUGGAAGACUAUGAACUGCAGGGGGACCAUGCAACGUAUGGAUCCCAGACGGAAGUUCAAGACUGCUCCACAGUGCGAUGAUUCUUCACAAACAGAUCCUGCUCAUUUCACCCAGCCGAGGGAGGUCUUUCACUGGCAAAGAGGGCCUGGAUUUCCUUCUUGGAAAAGAGCGGAUCCAUAGUUCCUCUGUCCACCUUUGCUUCUGUUGGCGGCAUCCUGGAUCCACCUAGAGAUUCUCCCAAAGAAAGCAACGUUCUCCUGCAAAUCCUCAAGGCUUUUUGGGUGUAGGGUCUGCCGAGCUUCGAGUAGUCCGAGAUAAUUCCGAAUCAGAUUCUUCUAUGUGCCUUUUCCACCGUUCAGUUCAUGGACAGAAUGGGGUGCAGGGAGAGGUGAUGGGACCAAGAUACUUCUUUGAUAUUUCUAGACUUGCCAGUUUCUGGUGUGCUUCCCUUUUUCACUCUUUGGAAAGGGUGGGACGAUUUGCCUUGCACUCACUUGUUUGGACACUUGUCUUCCAUAGUCACCCUUUCAAAAAGUGCCACUUGGGGCAAUUUGUAGCCUCUAUUGCUGGAAUUAAACAGACCUUGAGAAUUCCCUCUCAAGUACAAUUCCACUCUGGAAAUGGCCAGGAUAUUAAAUAAAUGUGACAUGCAGGCGUGUCAGCUUCCAGCUUCUACUACUGGGUUCCUACUGCCCUGCUUAUAUCCACGGAAAUUUAAUAUAUAAAUGAAAAGAUAAUGGCACUUUCCCUGUUUUAGGAGACGAAUGUAAGGCAGUGUCAAUGAGAAUUAUCUAUUUUGCAAGAGAAAAUAAAGAUUGGGAAAUAUG